AUGAAGACCACGGAAGCUCCAGGAGACAUUCCCACACACCACAAAAACCAUCUUAUAUCCAAGAUUGUGCUUCUCCUGCUCCCAGUGCUGGUUGCAAUCACAUCCGUGAAUGGCAUUAUUCUGUAUCUGACGCUAAACAAGACUACGGUCGAUCCAAUGCCUGUCCCAGUGACUUAUUAUGUCUGUCGGCCUAAUCAGACUGUGGAUUCGAGGAUUCAGCAGUAUGGUGACUCGAAUCCGUCAAAUGUCACGAUCGUGUCGCUAUAUUUUGUUGGAGACAAUGAUGAACAGGCACAGCUCAGGAAGUGGACGUGGCAUUCCCGAGAGGCGUACGCAAGUCGAUGGGGACACCGUGUGGUGGACGCAACGACAUAUCCUCUCAUCCAUACCUUUCCUGGAGUCGAUCCGAAGUAUCUCAAGAUUCUAGCAAUGAUCUUGACAAUGGAGGAUCGCAGUGUGAAUCGCCCGCAAUGGGUCAUGUGGAUGGAUUCCGAUGCGUUUUUCUUGAAUCAUUCGAAACCGUUGGAGGAGCAUUUGGAUGCGCGUUAUGAUUUGAUACUCAGUUCAGCGGGCAAGCCGCCGAGGGAUUUGUAUGCUAUCAAUAAUGGCAUUUUCUUUGUGAGGAAUACGAGGUGGUCGAGGAAUUUCUUCAGAGAGCAGUGGAAUUUCGUACUUGAAAACCAGCAGACAGGUCUCUGUCCAAGAGACGAAUACGGAAAACUUCUAGAUGACAACAAUCCCAACACAUAUUACAAUGGGUACUUCAAGCUAUGCGGUACCAACGUCCCAUGGAAGGACCAAGCACUAAUGAUGCUAACACUCGCAAACCCAUCAUCGUCACUCGUGUGGCGAGAAAAGAGAUCAGAGCUUUCCGGAACAACAAAGACAACGCUGCAUUGUCAUGUAAAAUAUACCGCUUUACGAGACUUCAACUCGGUCCCACCCUGGUACAAGCCCGGCGACCUCGUCGUGCACCUCCCGGGCCUAACCGCAAAACAGCGGAUCACCAUAAUAUCGGAAUUCGCACGCAUAUCCGAUUUCAACACAGGUGUUGUCAGACACAACGAGACGAGAAUGACGAUACUCAAGCCAUCGUUCGCGAAAUGGCCGCAUCCUGGUACACCGACUGUCAGUGAGCCUGCUGAUGCGACGGACGAGUAUCCGGGCAAGGGAGGGUGGUAUUAUAAUGAGGCGUGUCAGGCUAGUUGA